AUGGCACAAAACGGUCAAAGAGGAAGGAUGUGUGAGCUGAGCAGAAGCAGGUGGACGACCACCAGUACCGGAAGAGAUAGUCGAGCGAGUCGACCACCAGUACCAGAUAGAGAUAGUUUAGCGGGUCGACCACCAGUACCAGAUAGAGAUAGUUUAGCGGGUCGACCACCAGUACCAGAUAGAGAUAGUCGAGCGGGUCGACCACCAGUACCAGAUAGAGAUAGUUUAGCGGGUCGACCACCAGUACCAGAUAGAGAUAGUUUAGCGGGUCGACCACCAGUACCAGAUAGAGAUAGUUUAGCGGGUCGACCACCAGUACCAGAUAGAGAUAGUUUAGCGGGUCGACCACCAGUACCAGAUAGAGAUAGUUUAGCGGGUCGACCACCAGUACCAGAUAGAGAUAGUCGAGUGGGUCGACCACCAGUACCAGAUAGAGAUAGUUUAGCGGGUCGACCACCAGUACCAGAUAGAGAUAGUCGAGCGGGUCGACCACCAGUACCAGAUAGAGAUAGUUUAGCGGGUCGACCACCAGUACCAGAUAGAGAUAGUUUAGCGGGUCGACCACCAGUACCAGAUAGAGAUAGUUUAGCGGGUCGACCACCAGUACCAGAUAGAGAUAGUUUAGCGGGUCGACCACCAGUACCAGAUAGAGAUAGUUUAGCGGGUCGACCACCAGUACCAGAUAGAGAUAGUUUAGUGGGUCGACCACCAGUACCAGAUAGAGAUAGUUUAGCGGGUCGACCACCAGUACCAGAUAGAGAUAGUUUAGCGGGUCGACCACCAGUACCAGAUAGAGAUAGUUUAGCGGGUCGACCACCAGUACCAGAUAGAGAUAGUUUAGCGGGUCGACCACCAGUACCAGAUAGAGAUAGUUUAGCGGGUCGACCACCAGUACCAGAUAGAGAUAGUUUAGCGGGUCGACCACCAGUACCAGAUAGAGAUAGUUUAGCGGGUCGACCACCAGUACCAGAUAGAGAUAGUUUAGCGGGUCGACCACCAGUACCAGAUAGAGAUAGUUUAGCGGGUCGACCACCAGUACCAGAUAGAGAUAGUUUAGCGGGUCGACCACCAGUACCAGAUAGAGAUAGUUUAGCGGGUCGACCACCAGUACCAGAUAGAGAUAGUUUAGCGGGUCGACCACCAGUACCAGAUAGAGAUAGUUUAGCGGGUCGACCACCAGUACCAGAUAGAGAUAGUUUAGCGGGUCGACCACCAGUACCAGAUAGAGAUAGUUUAGCGGGUCGACCACCAGUACCAGAUAGAGAUAGUUUAGCGGGUCGACCACCAGUACCAGAUAGAGAUAGUUUAGCGGGUCGACCACCAGUACCAGAUAGAGAUAGUUUAGCGGGUCGACCACCAGUACCAGAUAGAGAUAGUUUAGCGGGUCGACCACCAGUACCAGAUAGAGAUAGUUUAGCGGGUCGACCACCAGUACCAGAUAGAGAUAGUUUAGCGGGUCGACCACCAGUACCAGAUAGAGAUAGUCGAGCGGGUCGACCACCAGUACCGGAAGAGAUAGUCGAGUGGGUCCGGGGAAACAUUUGUGCAAAGUCUCAGGAAGUCCAUAAGAAGAAGGAAAGAGAACUAUCAGGAAUAAGCGCCAAGCCAUUACGACUAUAUAGCACUUGGAAGUGA